AUGCGGAACGUGCGCAACUUCGGACUGUUGUUCAUGGGCUUUGCCAUUGGGCUUUGGCUUUGGGAGGCACCAACCUUUAUCAACCAGUCAAAGGCCAUCAGGAUGGAAAGCUAUGUGCCUAUCCGCCGACUCAGUCAUGCCAAAAGCACGGGCGAAUCCAUGGACAGGUCUGCCAUCACGGUGCUUGCAACUAGCUUGAUCACAAUCGGCGCUGUGGUGGGCCGGUGCAAGAUUGCCCGUUCCGCUGUGCUUGAGAAAGAUAGCGCCGGGAGAUUUCGCUUUGCGGGUUCUGAAGGUUCUAAGGAGAAAGGGUCAAGCCAACUAGUGUUUGCUGACGAGCCAGGCGUAAGUCAGCCUUGGGGAUUCUACGAUCCUUUGAACUUUUGCAACAGCCAGCUUAUGACAUUUCCUGGCGAAGGUGAUCCCACAGGGUUCUACCACCUCCGCAAUGCAGAACUGAAGCAUGGGCGAUUCGCUAUGAUGGCUGCCACCGGAUCUUUGUUCGCCUGUUAUGUGAAGUUUCCCGGUUUUGAGAACGUUCCGAGUGGCUUGGCGGCGCUCAGCGACACGAAGGGUUCCGACGGUGCCGGUCUUCUUUUUUGCGCUAUCGCUGCGCAUGAGAUCAUGACCUGGAAUCAAGAUGAAGAACCGAGCAGCUAUGAUGGGCUUAGGAAUCAAACGCCUGAGUUGGUCACAAAGGAGCUGAACAACGGACGCCUGGCAAUGUUUGCUUUCGCUGGACAGAUCGCCGCAGAGAUGCUGACUGGCCAAGACCCUGCUCAGCAGUUUGCCUCAUGGGCCUACAGCUACCCCAAGUUUGUUUAA